UGUGACAGCUGUGUGUUGUUGAUUGUUGUGUAUUUUGUUGUCCUCUGAAUUAUUUAUGUCGUCUUUUUAAUUUUAAUUUAGGAUUAAUUUUAAAUCUGAAAAUGUCGCAACAACUAAUUAAUGAAAAUAGCAAAUAUAUAUUGGAUUUAUUUUCAGAACAGACUGUUGAUUCGCAGAGCUUGGAUUCAAUAUGUGUUCAAGUACAGAAGAGGUUUCCUAAAACUGAGCAUUUCAACUUAUGCCUCCUCCUAUCGUCCCUUAUCACCGGAGGCGACCUGUCCCUGCCCGGGCAGCGGGUGGUGGCGCUGGCGCUCCUCUACGACGUGUACAAGCAAGAGAACCCCUUCAGCGCGUUGUUCCUGCACCUUCUAGAAGGGAAACCUGGGCUGCUGCCGCUGGCGCCUCAGGAGAGGCUGUUCAUUGGACAGCUGCAUGGGUUCAUUUCUAUUAAUAUUAAGGAUGUAAUGAAGAAGUCAGCCAAGCAAGUGAUGCUCUGUGAAGUGGCAACCAAAGACUUGGACUUUGAUUACUCGCCGCUUCAGGCCAUAGUGGCUGACCGCGUGGCCGAGAUGAGUUCUAUGGCGCGAGCCACCGCGCCCGCGCUCAUCCCGCUCAGUGACGGCCCGCCCAACCGCAUCGCGCUGAAGGAGCUGCUCGAAGCACUAAUGGCGCAAGAGUACGCGCCGCUGCACCGCACGCUGCAGGCCGCCGGGCCCGUGCCGCCGCCCGCCUUCCUGCUCGACCCCAAGGACAUCCCCUUCGCGGACGAGGUGCGUUACAUACGGGGCACUCGCGGACGAGGCGCGUUACAUACGGGGCACUCGCGGGCGAGGCGCGUUACAUCACAACCGCCUCGCCUGAAGGAGCUGCUCGAAGCACUAAUGGCGCAAGAGUACGCGCCGCUGCACCGCACGCUGCAGGCCGCCGGGCCCGUGCCGCCGCCCGCCUUCCUGCUCGACCCCAAGGACAUCCCCUUCGCGGACGAGGUGCGUUACAUACGGGGCACUCGCGGGCGAGGCGCGUUACAUACGGGGCACUCGCGGGCGAGGCGCGUUACAUCACAACCGCCUCGCCUGAAGGAGCUGCUCGAAGCACUAAUGGCGCAAGAGUACGCGCCGCUGCACCGCACGCUGCAGGCCGCCGGGCCCGUGCCGCCGCCCGCCUUCCUGCUCGACCCCAAGGACAUCCCCUUCGCGGACGAGGGCGUAUGGAAGAACUUAGUGAACCGGGGUGCAUACGUGCCCCUUUACGACCCGGAAUACGAAGGACUCACAGGCCUCAAGCCAGAGAAACUGGACAGAAGAACACAUACACAGCCACAGCACAAACCUAAGGAAGAAAAGAAAGAAAAACAACCAGAACCUGAGAAAAAGAGCGAAGAGAAGGAACCAGUUAACAGCACACAAGAGGCUAAGGAAUUCACUCAGUUGGCGUUGAAGGGAGCUCUCAGCGUUCAACACCAACAAAGGCUACUGGCGUUGCUAGAUCAUGAGCCUAAUCUAGUCUAUGAUAUAGGAAUCACACCACCACAGCUGCCAGACCUAGUGGAGAACAACCCGAUGGUGGCGAUCUCAGUGCUGCUGAAGCUUAUCAACUCGGCACAUAUCACCGAGUACUUUACUGUGCUAGUCAACAUGGAGAUGUCGCUGCACUCCAUGGAGGUCGUCAACAGGUUGACGACGUCAGUGGACUUACCAGUGGACUUCGUGUACCUAUAUAUCAGCAACUGCAUCUCGACGUGCGAGACCAUCCGCGACCGCUACAUGCAGAACCGCCUUGUGCGCCUCGUCUGCGUGUUCCUGCAGUCGCUCAUCCGGAACAAGAUCAUCAACGUGAAGGAAAUAUUCAUCGAAGUGGAAGCGUUCUGCAUAGAGUUCAGCAGGAUCCGGGAAGCGGCCGCUCUCUUCCGACUGCUGAAGCAGCUGGACUCUGGAGACGCUCUCACGCACAAAGAGCCCAAGGAAAACUAGCGACAUCGCACCAAGAUCUUCUAUCGGACGCGGUAGUGGCAUACCCUAGUAGGAGCCGAAAAUACUCACCCAUAGUCCAGAAUAGUGGAAAGUCGGCAGUAUUAACAGAACAAUCAAUAGCAAUAUUUUUGUACCAUAGUCAAAUACCCAAUGCAGUCUAGGCUGGUACCUAGUAAGUGCCUUCACUCUUGCCUUGACAAAACCAUGGUGAGCGGAAGAUUUUAUCAAUAAGCGAGUUUCAGUCCCUAUCCGUUUGCAUCCAAAAUAGGAUAGUGAUAUGCUGGAGUAUCGCGUUUUUAAAUAUCUUCAAAGAAAAAGCCGUCCUCCUUGAUGGAGAGAAGGUGCAAUUCAGCUAAUCACGCAUAAUGGUUACACUCAAUCUCAACUUUCAUAAUACAGGAGAAUUAAUUGUAUCGAAAUCUAUGUAGAUUAAUUUUAUACAAAUCGGCUCGUGUGCUCGUGUGAACGUUGGCGUAACUAUGUAUUUAUUUUAUUAGAAACAUAAAUUCUUGAUUUUUGUACAUAAUAAAGAUGGUCUUGCAAUGAUUGUACUACAAACAAGAUGAUGACACAAAUGUGAUUUUUUGUAUCCUAAAAUUGUUUAAAUAUCAAUCAACAAUUUAUGUAUUUUGAUUGAUAUUCCAAAGUACCUAAUAUCUGCCUUAGUAAGUAAAGAUUUGUCAGAAAGUAAACUAUUCUUUAUUGAUAAUGAAUUUAAGGCACUACUUAAUUGACUUGUGCUGAGAAUAUUUCCUUGAUAAAUCUUUACAGAAAAUUAUUCUUAUAAGACCGUGAAGGUCGAUUAAGAAUUUGCGGGUAGUCUUUUAAAACGAAUGCAAUCUUCCCAUGCUAAGCAAAAGAAAAGAUUAGAACUAAAAUAUUCUUCCAGAGUAGGGCUAUGUUUUCUUCUUCUGAUAAAAUAGUCUAAUGUUAUAUAAAAAAUAUCUAAUAGAUUGUAUUGAUAAACUACUUGUCCAAUUGUAAUAUUUAAUAACAAAUGUAGUCAAUAUUGUUGAAACUUGGAAUUUUAAUUCGAGUAAUUUUGCUGAAGUUAUAAUUUACUUAAUCGAAAUUGUUCACUAUAAAUCAAUUAAUUUUAGAAAAUAGUGACGUUCAGAUUCAGAUUGAUAUUUUAUUUAUGAGGAAUCGCGUUUUAUUUGUUGCUUUUAAAUGUGUUUCAAACUACCCUCAAGCCCUCAUGUAUACCACCUACUUACUCGACUUAGAAAUUUAAUUACCUAUUAAAGUUUAUUCAAAACUAUACUUUUGGUGUGUGGCUAAAACAAUGAUUCGUACGAGUCAAAACCUUUAGAAUAUAAUGUGGUAUGUAUGAUUUGUCUCCCUUACUCAUGACAGCAUCAGUUUAUGAGAGAGUGAGACAGAUAGAGAGGAUAACCAUGUCCACAUCAUGGCUUUUAUUUCCACUUGCAAGGGGUAAUUUUUCAAUUUCUACAUAUUUUGUAUCUAAAGAUUAACUUUGACGAUUUUAUGUAGACAAGCAUUUUCAAUAAUAUGAAGUUUAUUUUGCAGCUAAAAGUUAUUGAAAAUUUUAAAUCUACCCCAUAAUAGUCUAAGACUUAGAAAAGUAUUUUUCUGCAUGUAACAUAACGUUAGAAACUAGUUUUUUUUUCCUUGUUUUUUGGCAUUUGCGGACAGGUGCCUCAGACUAUACAUUUUUAUUGCAAAAUGGCAUCUAUUACAGCUACAACCCAGUCAAGUUAACUGCGCACAGCUCACCUCCCCCCAUUUGUUCGUCUAGUAGACUCUAGAGCGUCGAUGUGACGUCACGCCAAGUGCGCAGUUAACUUGACCGGGUUGUACAUGCCAUUGUUUUAGUUGAUAUUGUGCUAUUGUCUGCACAAAUUAUGUAACUAAUUGUAUAAUAACUAUCGCCUGUCCAAAUUCUUAUUAUUAUUGACCUGAAUUUGUAAAGCAUAAUCUAAUUUCUUUUAUCUGAACAUUCUGAAGCGUGUUUAUUAGCAAUUCCUGUAAGACUUUUACAUCUUAUGUAAGAAAAUUGAGUUUUGUAUUGUUAAAACUUAAGUUACUGAUCUCUUUUUCAGUUGUGUGUAUGAAAUCUUGUAAGGAAGCCAGUUGUAACUGUAAAUAGGGCAAAAAUUAAAGCUUCCUUCACUUCCUAUUAUGAGCAAUAUUUAUUAGUGUAGCUUUUUUACCAUCUCACAAUAAAUGAUAAUAUUUGUUCUCAAA